UAAGAGAGUGUAAACUGAUUUCAUGUGAGCUUUUUAAUUAAGUGGAUAGAAAGCGGUCUAGUCACACUGGAACCGGGUUGAUUUUGGGGGCUAGGAAAGCCUGUUAAGGAAGCGUGGGCAGUUAAUAUGUACUUCACCACCAAAGUUGCAUUGUACAGUGCCCCAAGAGCAGUGAUUGGUUAGGACCAGACCCAGGCAAGCAUUUAAAUUUCAGAAGGUUCAAAGGUGACAGGGAAACCUUCCAUCAGACUUGUCGCAAUCAUUUGAGAUCUCAAAGGUAGUGUCUUUCUUGGAAGUCAAGGUCAGGCUGUGCCUGUCGGUGAGGAUGAAGAAAACAAUUGUGUUUCUUUGUAUUGUUGUAACAGCUUGGGCACUCCCGCUCCUUCAACAUGAACAAAGGAAUAUUAUUAGCACUGUGGAAAAUGUGGAUACAUCAAAUGCCGAUCAUCAUGACAACGGUGGAGAAGACCUUAGAGUUUUACUCAACAACGUAGGAUAUACCAAUGGAAAUAUUAAUUGUGUAUAUGGAAGGAGUAUUGGCCAUGGACAUGAAGAAUGCAAAACAGAAGAAUCUAUUACAAAUGCAGAUAGAGUUAAUGGAACUGCUGGUUUUGUUAAUGUCAGUGAAAAUGAAGGUGGAAGACCUGAAGAUAAUCUGAGAAUAAAUGAAAACAGAGAAUAUAUACCUGCAGAAGCAAAUGCUACUGAAAGAAAAGAAGUUACUCUAGAAGGUGAAUAUUUCAGUGAUUCCAAUUAUGGAAUUGCGGAAGAGAAUAUUAACUACACAGCACCAGGAGAACUUUUUGAGAGUGAUCCAAAUGAUAAGCAGCAUGGCACUGAAGAUCAAAUUAAUGAUCAAACUGGAGAAGAAUUUAGAGACAGUAGAGGACUCCGCGGCAAUCACAUCCAAAGCUUUAUUGACAUGGAUGAAGAUAGAUAUGCAAUUUAUGGGCGCGGAGAUAACACAGAAAAUAUACUGAUGGGAAGUGAGGCCCGUGGGGAAAGUAUUCAUUGGGCAUACAUUGAUGAAGGUGGAAGUGGUAAUGGUGGAGAUCCCAAUGAAGAAGGUUCUAGUGAUGGUUGGGGAGAUGGAACCUCAGAAAGUACAACAAACCAUGGAGAAAAUGAGACAGAAACCCAUAAUGAUAGGAACAACACUCAGGCUUGUGAUACAAAAAUAACCAACCCAAACAAGGAAGGAGAGGGUGAUGCAGACACUGUGGAGGAUUCUCUCAACACUGAUAAUGAAGAAGGUUUUCAAGGUCGUGGUGAUGUAAGCCCUGAAACUAAGCAUGUGACAUGCCUUGAAAAGAAAAGAAGUGAUGGACUAGACUCAAAUGGCAAUACUAAGGGACAGUGAAUCCAAGAGCAGCAGUGAGAGUGACAGUGAAUCCAAGAGCAGCAGUGAAAGUGACAAUGAAUCCGACAGCAGCAGUGAAUCUGACAGUGAAUCCGACAGUAAAUCUGACAGCAGCAGUGAAAGUGAUAGCAGUAGUAGCAGUGAGAGUGACAGUAAAUCCAAAAGCAGCAGUGAGAGUGAUAGCAGUAGCAGCAGUGAAAGUGAUAGUGAUAGCAGUAGCAGUAGCAGCAGUGAGAAUGACAGUAGCAGCAGUGAUAGUGAAAGCAGCAGCAAUGAGAGUGAAAGCAGUAGCAGUGAGAGUGACCACAAAUCUGAUAGCAGCAGUGAAAGCAGCAGCAGCAGUGAGAAUGAGAGUGAGACUAGCAGUGAGAAUGAAGAUAACAAUCAAGCAGACAGCAGUGAAAGUGACAGCCAAUCCAACAGUGACAAUGAAAGCGAUUCAGCAAACCAGUCCAGCAGCGACAGUGCUGCAGAUACAACGGAGGAUUCAAAUGAAACUGAAUCUGAAGCAAGUGAGGAUAGUAACAGCAGCUCUCAUUCAAACAGCGCAGCCUCUGACAGUGACUCUCUAAGUCAAGGGAGUAAGAGCAAUGAUUUAACUAGUGAUUACUAACCCAAGAGAAGAAUGAGCAGAUGAAAAUCCAUUUACAGCAAUGGGAACUGUUGGGAUGGCAGGGGGGGAAUACAAAGUCUAUUUGUAGAAGCCAAGUCAAUAAUCCUUAAACCAGUUAUUUUUUUCUAACGUUUAAUCAGACUUCAGAAUAAGUGCAGUUAAGGCAAACUAGGGAGCCAUUAAGAGAGAGAAAAAAAACCACGUCAGGUUUUGGUAGAGAUGAGCCAACAAUGCUCAAAGCUUUUGUUUCUAAGUAGAGCCAUUUUGCUUGCAAUGCAUAUGUAACUUCACCUGUGGAAUUUUGAUUGUCAGUAAAUAGGAAAUAAAAUCAAAGCUCAGGUUCAGUUCUUCAUAUUACAUAUCUGCUCCUAAAAGGGUGGGCUUGAUUUACAUAAGCAUACUUAUUACUUGAUUGCAACAUGAAAUGAUGACUUGAAAGUGUGAAUGAGCCUUUACUGAUAUAUCUCCACUUUUAGCAACCCAAUGUGGAUCUGAUUUAUUUAUUUGUUCAGUAUUAUGGCUCCAAUAUCACAUGUUUAACUCUA